UGCGAUACGAUUCGUGCUUUUUUAAAAUUAUUAUUAACAGUUUGGUAAGUUGAAUAAAUUAGAGCAGUAAAAAUACUAAUUGGAAAUAUUCUUCUAUAGUUCCGAUAAGAUAUUCUUAUAUUUAUGACAGUGAAUAUGAAAAGGACUCUCGUAACAGUCGUUCUCGUCGCCUUCAUGUUCACCUUCCAGCCUGUUACAGUGGAAGGCAAAACGACAGAACCCACAGAGAAAGAUAAAGUUUGUAAAGGAACGCACAAUGGUCUGAAUCUUAUCGGGUCCCCGGCAUAUCACUACAAGAGAAUACAGCGGAUCUUCACGGGUUGUACGUACAUCGAGGGUAACCUAGAACUGACGCAUCUAAUCGACCCUAACGUCGAGUACGACCUGUCGUUUCUUAGUAACAUCAGAUACGUCACCGGGUACGUGAUCGUUGUCAUCGUUACGCAAGUUGACGCCGUUCCAUUGGACAGUCUGCAGACGAUACGCGGAGACGAGUUAUUUCCCAUGACAGGAUCCGGGUACAGUCUGCUUGUGGCCUUGAACUACGAUGCCCAGGACAAAAAACGCGGAUUACGGGAACUCCGUCUGUCAUCACUAACAGAUAUCAGUGGCGGCGAUGUCAUGUUUUUGGGGAAUCCCCUCCUGUGUUACGUGAACAGAAAUAGGUGGGAAGACAUCACUGGAGACAAAACCAAACUAAACUUUAAAAACUCCCACUUAGGAGAUCCACCUCUCUCUGACAGAUGUAUUCCCUGUUCGCCUUACUGUCAGAUCGACCAAACUCGUCGUUGUGUGGGACAGAACCAAGAAUGUGAGAAAGUGGUAGAUUACAUCCAGUUAAAGAAUACCUUUAAAAGCGUUGAUGCGGCUAAAAGUUCAUCGGCGGGUAUCCACUCGGCGUCAACGUUUAUGGUCGUCUUCUACACCAUUAAUGCCAUACUUGCCGCAACCCUGCAGUUCCAUUUCGAUAUUUUCCUAAUAAGCUACGAAAGAAGUCUUCGCAUGACCUGUUUUAAAAACCUUCUGUGUGGCCAAAUGAGGUUAAUAUCAUCAUCCAAUGUUCCUGGCAAUAGGCUACUUUAAAACUGUCAACAUUCUAAAUAUCACACUCCCCAAAAGUUGUUAAAACUGUCAAAUCAAACCUACAAUGUUGUAGUCUUACGGAAGAAGACACUAGGGGAGGGGGAGGGGGAGGGGGGGGGGAGAGAGAGAGAGAGAGAGAGAGAGAGAGAGAGAGAGAGAGAGAGAGAGAG